AUGACCUCCACAACUACUGUCCAAGCCCUGACUCUUGAGGGUGCUGGAUCCAUCCUUGUCAACCAGAAGUCUGUUCCGAAGAAGGAAGAAGAGCACACGCAGGUGUACACAACUGGUGCAUACUCGUUCCCAAGCAUCCCCAAAUUUGACGACCUCUACAAAAAGCGACAGUGGCAACUAGAACAUAUGGCUGCUGCAUUCAGAGUAUUUGCACGGAAAGGUUUCACCGAGGGAACAGCCGGACACAUUAGUGUUCGCGACCCUGUGCAACCAAAUACCUUCUGGAUUAACCCUUUCGGUGUGCACUUUGCCAUGCUUAAAGCAAGCGACAUGGUCCAUAUUGAUGAAGACGGCAACGUCAUCGGCGGAAACCGAGUCGCAGUUAACAAAGCGGGGUUCCAGAUUCAUGGAGCUAUUCACAAGGCUCGUCCCGACAUCAACGCUGCUUGUCACACACAUUCACCAGCUGGAAAAGCAUGGUCCACAUUCGCGCGUCCUCUCGACAUCAUCAGCCAAGACACGUGCGCUUUCCUCGGCAUUCAGGCUGUUUACGAAAACUUUGGAGGCAUCGUUCUAGAAGACGAAGAGGGACAAAGAAUUGCCAAGGCUUUGGGUGAGAAGAACCGAGUUGUGAUUCUGCAAAACCACGGCAUUCUCACUACGGGACAAACUGUCGAUGAGGCAGCUUACUUGUUCACACUGUUGGAGCGAUCGUGCGAGGUGCAGAUCAUGGUGGAAAGCACCGGCCUUCCUAAGAAGGUGAUUAGCAAAGAAGAAGCUGAAUACACCGCUAAGAUCUACCAAGAGCCGGACACACUAUAUGUCGAGUUUCAGCCUGAUCUCAACUUUGAGGUUAGCCUGUCAAAUGGGCAAUUUACUAUUAGCUCUUGA